AUGAGCCUUAAACGUCGAGCUCACAAUGUUUGCACCGUCGGGACGCAGGCGGGGAUAUUUGACACGCGGCCGGUCGCCGGCUACAUUGUGGACCUGCUCGAGAAAUGUUACGAGAUCCACAAAGUUUUCACGCGCUGUAAGGCGGACCUGGAACGUGGAAGAGAGGUACUCAGUGAACACGAGCAGUCGCUGACAAACCUCCAGUCGGCCCUGGACACGUUCGGCAAUUCCGUGGACGUCCUGGGCGUCCGUGUGUCGCAGGAAAACCUCUCUGUGAUCAAGGUCAACGGCCAGGUUGACGCCCUCAAGCGCGACAUUGAGGAGAAACGUUCCCGACUUCAGCGACGAGGGUCUGAGUUUCACCACUUCGCGUCACGUGCCGACCACAUCCGGGAGCUGCGCGCCGAGAGGGAGCUUCUGCAGAUGCAGCUUCAGCGGGUAAAUGCGGAUAUAGAGGCAAGGUACGAGUCGGCCUUCGAGGCCCAGGAGAAACUGGCCGCCACCGAGGAGUUACGUGAGGCCCGUCAAGCCGACCAGAAACAAUCUCUGGAGGAACUGGCUGCGAAAACCGAGGGGUUCGAAGCCGCUAAGUGGAACCUGUUGGACCCAAACACGCGUACACUGGACAUGCUACCUAUCUACGUAUCGCCUGCCAGAUUCCGAGAGAUGGAGAUGGAGAUAGAACAAAUGAAACAACAUCAAACGUCGCUAACGCGCCGCGUGCAACUGCAGAUGGAUGAGAGGGAGUUUCUCCGGCAAACUGCACGUGAGAUCAUCAGCCGUGUGCAGACGCUCGAAAAACAGGUUCGCAAGGAGACUGGCGACCAUGGCUGGGAAUCGCCCAUGACCCGGGAGCCCAACUGGCUGCCUGACAUGACCACACCUUCUCUCUGGAACAUGACCCCGCCCCUCACUCCCGACCAAGUCACGUGGAUACGCGACCGCAACACUCGCAGACCGUCCGCCACGCUCGUCACCGGAAGUGACGACGAUGUCGAAGAUGACGUUACAUCGGACAGUGUCAUUAUUUUGGAUAUGGCUAACGAGGCUUCAACGAGUGUUUAG